ACCCUGAUCCUGAUUCCAUUCGUCUUCCACCCCGCUUCUCGUGUUACAUUUUUUGACAUCUCGUCCUCGCUCCAUCUUCCAUCGUCGUCAGCUUACCAGCCAUCCGUACUCUACUGCAGCUCAUUCAUCCCUGCCUACAACGUCAUGGAACACACAACCCAACCACGGGCUAGACCCGAGUCUAUUGCUGCUCGCAACUUCUCAGAUGACCUGGACUCAUUGUUUGGCCUGAACUCAGGUACUACUCUUGGGAAUCUCUCAUUUACUGUGCAGGAGAAAAAGCGUACAGUCACAACCCGAGAGGAAGAGCUCGCUGCCAUUGAAGCCCGUCUUCGCGAGACGGAACAACGUCUAGCCCAAGCCGCCCACAGUCCCGAUCACGAGUCCUCAGCAUAUCAAGCUGCGUCGGGCGCCGAACCAUCAUAUCCUGCCAGGGAAUCUUCAUCCAGACAAGCUUCCGGUUAUCAACCAUACCCCGAACAACAAUAUCAAUCAAGACCGCCAAACAACAGAGAAGAGUCUUUCCAACCUCACAUCCCCGGUGCAAUGCCAAAGACACCUACACCACGCUAUGCUCAAGGAAAUGACUACGUGACGGUCGAUCGCACUAGAUGAUGAUAUUUGGCAAGCUGCAUCAUCAAAUACACGUAUACAACAUUUUGCGAAGGAGUUUGGGAUUGGAUAACACGCAUUCGAAGAAGGGCUAGC